CAGGCAAUGAUGAUGUCCAGAGUAUUCACCGUGCAACGAGGCUCUCCCAGGCUUUCACUUCCCCGGGGCUUUAUUCUGUUCGAAUUCCAUGGCAAGAGGCUGUAAUGGUUCGGACCAAGGCGUGGGGUUUGUAUUUAAGUCACUCUGGCCCUGUACUCGGUUGGUGGGAUGAUCCCCCUCAUGCUGCCUCAAAAUGACCGACUAUGUGUACGACCAGCUGGACGAUGCUUACAGGAGAUGGGAGGAAUACCCGGAAAAUAUUCUGCGGCAAUCCCGGCCAGAGAGAGUCCUUAAAGGAUAUCGAAAACGACUGAAGGAUGAGAGUGGGAGACUAUUCAAAGAAUCGCAACCACAACUGGUGUUCUGGGAAGCCUGGAGAGCGGAAGGAAAAUUCCAAUUGAAAGCUAUCCGAGCACCCAAAAUUCUAGAUGACCACCUCUAUCCAGACACCAAAGACCCUGGUUGCAGGCACGUUUUCAUCGAAGCGAAUAACUCCAGGGCGCCUCUGAACUGCUCUUUGCGGAUGCUUCAGAGUUUGUUCACGUUUCAGCAGGUAGAACCAUCUUUUCUAGACUACCUCCACACCUUUGGAGACCAGGAGGAACCGAUAGACGCCUGCUUGUGCCACUUCCAAUCCGACGACUCACUUGGAUCCUCAGCGUUGGCCAUACCAACACUAGGCCGUUCUGGUUCAUCAAUGCGUCUCUCGUAUUUGCUGAGAGCCCCAGAACAUGUCCCAGAGGCUGAGUGGAAGUGGUCUAUUCGACAAGCCGCAGUCUAUUUGUCGUUCGACAUAAAAACUGGCCGCACGUUGUGGAUCACAAUCAAGGGCAAUAAUCUACUGCGUGAGCAUAUUUGCGAAGAAGCGCCCAAUCUGGAGCCUUCACCGUCAAGAUCUUCAGGAUCCGAUGACAAGAACGGUGGGGAUAUUAACGAUGCCUUUGAGGCCACUCUGAAGACUCAUCUUGUGUAUUUCAGGUGGUGUGAAGAGAAUUGGCGAUGGCUCGUUCGUGAUGUAGAGGACGCUGUCCGCAGAAUUUCGACCAAGGCCAAAACGGCCCCUAUUGGGCGGGUGCCUCACUUCGAGCCUUUCCGGCCCGAGCAGCAACAUUCCCAGCAAUGGGCAUUGUAUUCUAGGAGGCAUCAGUUUACUCAGCCGAGCGUGAAUGACGCUUUCAAUCUGGAUCCAGGAAAUCAACCAAGCCAAGCUGAACGGUUUCUGCCACCGCAGAAGCAGUCGACCAUGUCUUCUGUGCUGUCUCUUCUGAAGCGAGAGCCGCCUUCAUUAUCGUCAGAGAACUCGCCCCCGAAUAAGAUGAAAGCCAAGCCCCCUGGGAAGAUGCUGGUUCUCGAGAUGUUCAACUUAUCUGACUUGCAGAAGCUCAACGUGAUUGCCGAAAGGGUCGAAGAAGCCAUCCUCACCAUCAAGCUAGACGUUGGCGUUAUUCAAGACUGCCGCGCGUAUUAUGGAAGUAUGCCGUGCAGUAACCUAGCACCCGGCCCCGACUCCUUCGCUCAACGCACUGGGACGUUCUUCAGACAAUUGCAGUACCUGGUUAGGAGCCUGGAAACUCGUCAAACGCAACUUGAGUCUCUUCUGCGCAGAUUGGACGAAGGAAAAAAGCUGUUGGAGAGUAUCUUGCAGUACCGGAAUCUCCAGGUCAGCCAAAUAUUUGCCGAAAAGGCGCAAAUGUCAGCCAAGAACACGGAGCUGAUAGCAGCAAACGAGACGAGUUCGAUGCAUAUUAUCACGGUCGUCACGCUUGUGUUCCUGCCUGGAACUUUCGUAUCUACCUUCUUUGGGAGCGGCGUACUUCAGUGGAAUGACGGCAUCAGCAUUGACAGUACUUGGCAGUUCCGCGGGGACGCUUUUGCCUUGUUUGUAGAGGUGUGCGUUCCCUUGAUGGUGGGAAUCGCAUUGAUUUGGCUGUUGGUACAUUGGAACAUCGAGCGUAAGGCUAGGCUCGAGCUCCAGGAAGCUAUUCGCAUGAAGGAGUCGCACGUUCCAUGACUGUUACCUGGUCGAAAGAAGGUUUUCUUUUUUCUGUUUCAUCUUUUUUGGGACCCUUAGCAUGUAAAAGUAAAUAACAACUUUUCCCAUCUU